AUGACUAAAAGAUUUCGAUGUGGUCGUUUAACCAUAACAAAAGAUGGUAAAAUAAAAAAACUUGAACUUGAAGAUGGUGGUGGUAGUCGUUUUUGUCAAUGGGAUCCAAUUGAUAUGGAUUUUAAUAGUAUUCAUCAUAGACUUAUUGAUAUUUUUAAAUUAGAUAGUAAAUUAAAAACAUCAGUAUAUGAUUUUCAACAUCAACCAUUAGAUAUUAAUAAAUAUAAAACAUUAUUUGAAUAUAUUAAUCAAAAUGGACUUAAUAUAUCCAGUACUAUCAUUUAUAUUUGUACACAUCAUGGUAUAUUAAAUUGGAUUUUUAUUAAAUAUUCAGAUC